AUGGAUGACGAUUUGGAAAUUAACGAAAAUGAAGCAGCAAUUAAUUUGUUAGAAUUAAUCGAAGAAGAUGAAUUCCGGGAACGCCCUCGAACUUAUAAUUUUAUAGACCCACUUGAAGACUUGUCUGACAAGAAAUUUAUUCAAAUAUAUCGAUUGCCGAAAAAUUUGGCAAGGAGAGUAAUCGAAAUGGUCACUCCUUUUAUGGUUGUACCCUCUACUUCACGCGGUAUAUCAAUCCAACGUAAAGUGUUAACAGCUCUCAGAUUUUUUGCGUCUGGUAGCUACCAAAUGGACAUUGGGGUGAACCGAUAUGCUUCAUUAAGCCAGCCUUGCGUUAGUCGGUGUAUUAAGGAAGUUUCCAAUGCUUUAUGUACUCCACAAUUGUAUGACCAACAUGUAUAUUUUCCACAAAAUGUUAACAAGUUAAAUGAUGUACAUCGCGGGUUUUAUGAUAAAUAUGGUGUCACCAACGUGGUUGGUGUGAUUGAUUGUACACACGUCGCCAUCUUUCCACCAUCAGUCAAUGACCCCAUUUAUCCUGAGCAUAUUUAUGUGAACAGGAAAAAUUAUCACUCCAUAAAUACGCAACUCAUUUGCGACGUCAAUUUACGGAUUUUAAGUGAGUGUACUCAGUAUCCCGGUUCGGUUCAUGAUUCCCAUAUUUGGAAUCAAAGCAAUGUUAAGGAGCUCAUGGAAUAUUUACAUCAAAAUGGAACGUCAUACAUGUUAUAUGGUUAUGAUUCAGGUUAUGCACUCCGACCGUGGUUGAUGACACCAUUUUUAAACCCACUUAUCGGGUCCCCGGAAGCUGCAUACAACGAGACGUUUUGUCGUGUUAGAUCUACCAUUGAGAGAUGCAAUGGAGUUUUGAAGAUGCGUUUUCGAUGUCUCCUCAAACACCGAGUACUACAUUAUUCACCGAGUAAAGCAUCUAAAAUUAUAAAAAGUUGUAUAAUGCUGCAUAAUUUGUGCAUCAAUGACAAUGUACCAUUAGUAGUAAAUGAACCACUCGAAGUUGAAGAUGUAGAUUUUGGAAUUAUUCCACCAAUGGUUAUUAUAAAUGAAAAUCGGCCAAAUCACGAAAAUCGUAAUAAUGAACUUUUGGUAGGUCGUCGAAUAAGACAAGAUAUAGUAGCAACAUUCUAUACAUUGUAA